UGGAGAGUUCAGAAGGAGUCCAAUUCUUGAUCCGAAAGAUGUUUGGUUUCGCUCAAGACUUGCUGAGUGACACGCUUCAUUUGUGAAUGAUAGCACUUUUGAUGACAUGUGUUCAAGUUGGCAGGGGCCUAGGCGCAGAUUGCGCAAUGAGACAGACUUUUCGACGAGUUGGACGCUUUCGCAGCGGAAGAAGAAAGUCGAAGCUAUGUCGAAAGAGUGACCGAGCGAGACAGCAAUCACAUUGCCCGUGAAUGUUGCAUCUCACAGGGUUCGCCUGGUAGCGGGGAGCUUGGUGGGGCCAUGGCGACAUUUAUCGCUCGAUGGCUGGUAUGGGCUAGUGUACCGCUCGGCUUGCUGGACGAACGUCAAAGAAAGUCUUCGGCUUUCGUAGUAGUUCAACGAGAGACCGGUCCAAAGAAUUCUCUGAUGGGCCGCAGACUUGGCGUGACGCAUGUCCAAUCUGGCUAGUUAUCUUUCUCGCAAUCUCGUUCUGUGCAUCACCACGAUGGACGCCGCAUCUAGAGCACUGGACGUUUCGUAGCCAAGCAUGCUUCCUUUGUGAUGAUGCCGAGGAAACCGGGCAUUGCGCCGUGGCCGAUAGCGACUUGUUCGCCAGCAAUGACAAAGAAGCCCGCAGAAGAGCUUCAAACAUUCUCCUGUGCGCUGUAGACCGACAUGGAAGGGCAGACCAAGAUUUUACAAGAAGGACGCUAUACGCUGUUUUUCGGCCUUUGCCUGCGCUGAAACUUGAGGUACUGGUCUCCCGACUGCUCGCCCAUUUCGGAUGCAGGCGGAUAAAAUGCUUGCGGAAAGAGACAGGCUGCGAGAAGGACACAGUGGAUACUCGUGCUUCAGUAGCAAGCGGCACUAGCCACAGCCUGCGGGCUACGUUGACUCUCUGAGCCCCAAGCGCCUGACUUGUUAUGGCUGUCUCUGUUGGAUGGAUGUCGUAGCACAGGAUGCACCUUCGCGGCACGAGCAGCAAUCACAUCUCGUGAAUGUCUGCGAGUCAAGAGGCAAGAGUUAGUGAGUGUCUCGCGUGCACAGUCCUAGCGCCUGUUGCACGCUUGCCCACACGUGAUCGAGCAGAUGCAUUCCUGCGUCGUAUGUGCAUCUUUCUCAUUGCGUGUCGCAAGAAUGAAUGACCAGACCCUGCUCGAUGCUUACUUCUUGACUUUCGAGUAUUGCCCCAGACAACAAGCGCUACUGUCGGGCGAGAUUACCAAGUCUAAAAGGAGCAAUGCGCAAUUUGGGUGGCAUGGCAAAAGUGGGACGUGAAGUACAAAUCCAGCAUACCGCCUUCUAUAUAGAGCCGGACACGGCUUGUUGGACGCCUGGAUGGACGGCUUGAUGUGCUUACGGGGUCGCAUUGCCCAUCGACAUGCUUUCCUUGACAGCAAAAUUUUCAAGGUCACAGGAACUUGUGCGAGGUACCUAGACCGCCUUCUUAUGCCACGGGGGGCUGAGUUUCUCUUUUUCUUGGCAUCUACUUGUGACUCCUUUCGCUCCUCGAUGUUUUACGCUGCUCACCAAGAAGGUGCGUUCCUUCCAGCCUUGACAUGAUAUUCUCGACAUCUAGCU